AUGCACCAGCGGUACGGCGAUAUUGUUCGCAUUGCACCGGAUGAACUGGCUUUCUCGCACCCAGACGCUUGGCAAGACAUCAUGGGCCACAAGAAAGGGCAAGCCGAGUUCAGCAAAGCCACUUGGUUUUAUAGGCCAGUGGAAGACCAUUCGGCACAUGUGGUCAACGAGAACAGAGAGCAACACGGGCGUCUCCGACGCCAGAUGGCGCACGGGUUUUCAGAAAAAGCAAUGAGAGACCAAGAGCCCCUAAUCCGCGGAUAUGUUGAUUUACUCCUUGAUCGGUUGCAUGAUUUUUGCACAACGCGUAGUCCGGUGGUUAUCUCUGAUUGGUACAACUACACCACCUUUGAUAUCAUUGGAGACCUGGCAUUUGGUGAGCCAUUCGGUUGCCUGCAGGGCUCUAAUCUUGAUGAAUGGAUCAAAGGGAUUUUUGAGUCCGGUCGACUGGGAAUCAUUUUGCAGACUUUAUCGUUCUUUCCACUUGUGAAGAAAGCAUUGGUAUCGAUGGCCCCUGCGUCAAUAAAAGAGGCCCACGAGAAGCACAAGGUACUCACCCAAGAAAAGAUGAUGCGUCGGAUGGAAAAGGAAGAAGGUCGAUCAGAUUUGAUUGAAGGACUUUUGAGAAAGAAAGAUGAAUUGAAUCUGAGUGUUGAUGAACUCAUAGCAAAUGCUGAAAUCCUCAUCAUUGGCGGAUCAGAGACAACCGCCUCAUUACUGAGUGGUGUGACUUACCUCCUCCUCACGAACGGAGAUGCUCACAAGAAGCUGAAAGAGGAAGUGCGUACUGUAUUCCAGAGCCAAGAAGAUAUCAACCUGAUCUCCGUAAACAAACUACCCUACAUGCUGGCAUGCCUCGACGAGGCAAUGCGCAUGUAUCCACCCAUUGCCAACGGGCUGCCUCGUUUGUGUCCCGAGGGCGGCGCUACUGUUCUGGGUGAAUAUAUCCCAACAAAUGUGAGCUUUGCCUAUGAAACACAGGUUUCAACAUUUACUAACCAACCCAUGAAGACCUUCGUAUCAAUCCACCAGUGGGCGCUCUAUCGCCGUGAAGAAUACUUCAAAGACCCCAACACAUACCACCCCGAGCGAUUCUUGGGCGAUCCUGCAUUUGCAGAUGACCGCCGAGAAGUGUUGCAGCCUUUUCACACCGGCCCGCGCAACUGUCUUGGUAGAAACCUUGCAUAUAGUGAGAUGCGUUUGAUCCUCGCUUUGAUCAUCUUCAACUUCGACCUUGUGAUUGAUGAUGACUCUCGUGACUGGAUCAAUCAGAGGAACUUCCUUAUGUGGGAGAAGGGCCCAUUGAAGGUUCAUCUGACUCGGGUAUAA